CGGCUGCGGAGGAGUGCGAGCCUCAGCUGCGCUGCCGGGGCCUGAGCGCCGCUCCUCCCCGCCCGCCAACCCGGAGCGCUGCGCACAGACCCAGUGUGCUUGCUGGGCUGUGCCUAGGUUCAGAGCCAUGCCAAUCUGUGGGUGAAGCUUGAGGCAGUAAUGGAGCCCCUCCAGCAGCAGCAGCAGCAGCAGCAGCAACAACAACAACAACAGCAACAGCAAAAGCAGCCACAUCUGGCUCCUCUGCAGAUGGAUGCCAGAGAGAAGCAGGGACCACAGAUGAGAGAAACCCAGUUCCUGUAUGCCCCCAAACUAGCCACACAGCCUGCUCUCCUUCCUGCCACACCGGGGAGACCUUCUGGCAGCCCUGUUCUGGGUCCCUUAGCCAGAGUUCCACCAACCACACCAGUGACCCGAGUGUUUGAGCGGUGCAACAUGAACUCAGAGCCUGAGGAAGAGGAAGGAGUUCUGGAAGAUGAAGAUGGGGAUGAUGAUGUUGCAGAGGUGGCUGAGAAAGAGACCCAGGCUGCUUCCAAAUAUUUUCAUGUGCAAAAAGCAUCUCGCCAAGACCCCAGAGCAGCAGGAAUGUCUAGCCUGCUUCCAGCACCUGGGCCCCCAUCACAGGGACAACAAGCUAAAGAAGACCAUACCAAAGAUACUUCCAAGGCCCCACCUUCCAUCUCCAUAGCUGGGCAGACAAACUGGAAUCUGGAUGAGCAGCUUAAACAGAAUGGUGCUUUGGCCUGGAGUGAUGAUGUCGAUGGAAGCCGGGGAAGAGAGAUCUCUCGAGAUUUUGCCAAGCUGUAUGAACUGGACAGUGAUCCCGAGCGGAAAGAGUUCCUGGACGACCUCUUCAUCUUUAUGCAGAAGAGGGGGACCCCCAUCAACCGGAUCCCCAUCAUGGCCAAGCAGAUCCUGGACCUGUAUAUGCUGUAUAAGCUGGUAACAGAAAAGGGGGGCUUGGUGGAGAUCAUCAACAAGAAAAUCUGGAGGGAGAUCACCAAGGGCCUGAACCUGCCUACGUCUAUCACCAGUGCUGCCUUCACCCUCAGGACCCAGUACAUGAAGUAUCUCUAUGCCUAUGAGUGUGAGAAGAAAGCCUUGAGCUCCCCAGCAGAGCUGCAGGCAGCCAUUGAUGGCAACCGUAGGGAGGGUCGGCGGCCCAGCUACAGCUCCUCCCUCUUUGGCUACUCUCCUGCUGCUGCUGCCGCUGCCGCUGCUGCUGCUGCUGCUGCUAGUGCUGCCGCUGCUGGGACCCCUGCCCUUCUCUCACCCCCCAAAAUCCGCUUUCCCAUCCUCGGGCUUGGCUCCAGCAGUGGCACCAAUGCUGGUAGCCCUCGGAUACCCCCAGCAGCCACUCUCAGGAAAGGUGAUGGAGUCCCAGUGACAACAGUGCCUGUGCCAAAUCGCCUGGCUGUGCCUGGGACCUUGGCAGGCCAGCAGGCUGGUAACCGGACUGCCACUCUGGAGCAACUACGGGAGCGACUAGAAUCUGGGGAACCCCCUGAGAAGAAGGCAUCAAGGCUAUCAGAGGAGGAACAGCGCCUGGUGCAGCAGGCCUUCCAGCGCAACCUCUUCAACAUGGCGCGGCAGCUCCCCAUGAAGAUCAGGAUCAAUGGCAGGGAAGACAGAGCAGAGACCUCGGCUGCAGCACUGAACCUAACCACAAGCAGCAUCGGGAGCAUCAACAUGUCUGUGGACAUUGAUGGCACCACCUAUGCAGGUGUGCUAUUUGCCCAGAAGCCCGUGGUCCACCUCAUUGCAGGCUCUGCUCCCCAGAGCAUCAGCAGCAGCGCCAGCAGCAGCAGCUCUCAUUGCUCACCAAGUCCUACCUCAUCUCGGGGCACCCCCAGCGCAGAGCCCUCCACCAGCUGGUCCCUCUGAUGGACAGCGCCCAGUACCCACGCCCUACUCUCGUGCUGAGAGGGAAGGAAGUUGAUGCACAGAUUUACCUCAUCUCAUGGAGCCCACGUCAGAUACCUUCUGGCCAGACCUUGAGUUUGGACAUGUCCGUCUGUCCAGGCUCCAUUCAGGUCCUGCUGUACUCUGGGGGCAGGGAGAGACUGGAGGGGCAGGACAGAGCAGCGUUGUCCAAUCAGGGAUUGUCCUGGAGAACUGGGCGGGGGUCUGAGCCUGGGCAUCCAGCCUUCUGUCGGGUUCCCCAGCCACCUCCCAUUCCCCAGAACACUGUAUUGACAAUCUGUAAGGCGACAUGGAGCUGGAGUCCCUCCACUGCCCUUCCCCCUUAAUUUAUUUCCUUUCUGCUGCCUUCUGCCUUCAACCCAGGAUCACCAGUCUCCUCCUCUGCCCAGUCCCCCAAUGUUUAAAUCCCAUUUGGGGCCAUAGGAGCCAGAAGCAUGUCUUCUGCUCUUGACUGCUAAGCAUGAGAUGGGGGUGCGGCGUUCCCAGCCCUCUGUGCUUGCUGCUUGGUUCCUUGGGUGAGGAACUCUCAAGUCCAAGUCUUGAAUCAGUCAGUCCACAGGGCUCUGGAUCUCCCUUUUGUGGUCCCAAGAAAGAGCACAAGGGCAGGCUUCAGGUUCAGGACCUCUGGGCAUGAGAGGGAGGAAGGAAGAGCUCAUGCUGUCCAGGCCCUGGUACCCACCUAACAAGACUGUUCGGACCUCCAAACCUCAGGCUUCCCACUUGCCCAUGUUGGCCAGCUCUCCCAGAAUAGCCACUUGUCUCUGGCCCCUGUCGCCGUCUCUUGGGGCCAUCUCAGCCCCUACUGAAAUACCUCAGAUUUGUACUUGUUGAUAUUUGAUUCUUCAGGAAGUAUUGCAUCUCUGAAAUCUUUUUUAUAUGUGUUUUGCUGACUUAAUUUUAAAAUUUUUAUUGUUGUUGCUGUUGUAGCACCAAAGAAAUGAAAGCAGAUCGUUCCAGCCAGGUGCGGUUCGCAGCCAGCCUCCCUCCAACCUGCCCAUGCCCUGGCCAGGAGGUGAAGCAGGCGGGGUGACUCAGGGAUCACUACAGGGAGGGUGGAUAGGGGGCCCAUGCUUGCUGAUGGACCCUGAAACCAUGCUGGUUACUUCUGCCCCUACCCCAGCUGACAAGGUAGGGCAGCCAUCUCUCUGCCCUCAGAGUCCCCACCUUGGGACACAGGCAAGUCGCUCUGGCUCCUGCCUGAGGCUGAGCUCCAGGGAUGGGAAGAUGCUGAGAGCUCUGUCUCCUCUUAGCAUGCAGCUGGAGCUUGUGGUAGAAAAAGACUUGUACAAGGCUUCCCUCUCAGGCCAGUGUCCUGCUGUUACAUAAAGCACCAUCCACUGGGGCUCCUCAGGCUGGGGGUGGGGGGUGGGGUGGCACAGAACAGCUCACUCAAUCCUGUUAGAAAAAGAAAGGGAAACCAAAAGCUUGUGCACAAACAUACCUCAGCCUGGUAAGCACAGCACUGUUGGCCUGUCUCCUCUCCCUGCCCCAGUGCAUGUGCAUAAUCACACACACACACACACACUCUCUCUCUCUCUCUCUCUCUCUCUCUCUCUCUCUCUCUCCCCCCCCACUCCCUCCCUCCCUCCCUCCUUCCCUGAGGAUCUGGCCUCAGAAACCUUACCCACGAGACACAUGCAGUGCUAGGCAGAUGACAGCUGGAAUCUGGUGCUGGUGAGAAGCCCAUUUGGCCAGUGUGUCUCAGGGUUUGGUCACAAAGGAUAAACCCUUCCUACCCAGGGAAGACAGGGACAGUGCACUGUGUCUUUCUGGUACUUGCAUCUUUCCCUUCCCCAGGCAGCUUGCCCACAUUUCCCUCUGAGUGCCCCUCUCUACCCUCAAGCCAGCAGCAGGCUCCUAGCCAGAAAAUUUGAGACCUGGAUGCCAGCAGGUGCCCAGCAUUAAGGCUCUGGCCCAAGUGGAGCGUUCCCUAUAAAUGUGGUCCUAAGGCCAUGUGGUAGGCAGUUGACCAGGACAGCGUUGUCCCCUCCCCCUUCCUGUUAUGUAUGUAUUCUAACCAGAAAAAAAUGUGAUAGCACAUGGUAGCCUAGCCGUGAAUAAAUACCUCAGAUGUCCUUUUGCAGCAAUUUCUGUAUAUGUUGUGGUUAUUUUCUAUUUUAUGUGUUCUCGAAUGCUUAUAUUUCAAUAAACCUCUACCUCUUCACACAAGCAGGUCUGGAUUUCUUU